GACAGACAGGCCGGCGCUGGAGCAGACGAACAGUCACACUGCCUCCGUUCACAAGCUGCUUCUGCUGGAUCGCUGCUGCACGACAGUGGACAGAUGGCAAAAUGUCUCUCUCUGCAGGAUCUGACACUGCAUCACUCCAAGUUCUUCCUGUUAGACGACAAGAUGUGUUCAACUGAUGGGAGUCCUCUCACCCUCAGAGACUCGACCAGAGCCUCCAGACGAAGAGCUUUCUUCUGACAGCUCCUCCUGUUCUCCUCCAGCUCCUCCCUCAGUCUGCUUGGCUGAAGCCAUGAGGACGACUGAGUUUGACUCCUCAUCUGAAGAGGACGAGGUUGGAGAGGAGCAGCUGACGCCCUUUCACAUCUCAUGGUUACCUCUGUCUAUAGUGGAGUGCUCGCAGUUUCUUGGCAUAUGUGCACUACCAGGCUGCAGAUACAAAGAGAUCCGCAGGAAUCUGGAAAGAGAUGUUGAGGAGCUCCAGAACCAGGGCGUGCAGGACGUGUUUGUUUUCUGCACCAGAGGCGAGCUUCACAAGUACAGAGUUCCCUCCCUGCUGGAGGUCUACUGGCAGCGAGGCUUCACAGUUCACCACAUGCCCUUCCCAGAUGGAGAUGCUCCUGAGCUGGAGCAGUGCUGCCAGAUUCUCGAGGAGCUGCAGGUCAGCCUCGAGGACAACAAGAGGACUGUGAUCCACUGCUAUGGAGGCCUGGGACGCUCUGGAUUAAUUGCUGCCUGUCUGCUGCUUCAGCUCUCUCUGACAAUGACAGCAAACAAAGCCAUUGAAAUCCUCAGGGAGCACCGAGGAGGAGGAGCGAUACAAACUGUGAAGCAAUACAACUUCCUCCAUGAGUUUCGGGAAAGGUACGCGGCCUACCAAGAAAGCAGAGAGGUUUGCAGAGAGCGCUCAGUGUCUCGAUGAUCAGUUCUCCUCCCAUCAGUGAACCGGGAAAAUAUCGAUCUCUUCAGACUCUCAUUUCUCAGCGAUUGUUUUCUGAUUGUGUGUGAAUUAAAUGUAUUCUCUGAUGAUUGCACUUUAACAGAAUACUCUAAUAUAUUGCUUUUUUUAUCCUCAUUACAAUCAAAUUAAAGGCUUGGUGAAGAAAGGACUUUGAAUAGUAUACUUACCAUUAAGCUAGAUGGGGGGGGGGCUUACCAUAUUUGAACUUUAUAGGAGCUCUAUACGACAUUCAUAGCCUUUCUAUGAGUCAGAGGUUGUCUGCAUCCAGCUCAACAUGAAGCUGGCUAAGCUAGCAGCUAUCAGCUAACGGUGCUAACACAUGAACAGUGUUAACAAUGGCAACACUGCAGAAACAGGUCCUCAGAAAGUGGGCCGGGUUUUGAAGCCAAUUAUCGUAUUGGUCCAACGGUGGGAUUACAGCAUCCAGGUCCGUCACAUGAUUUCACCAUGCGCCCCAAAAGACUUUCUUCCCGAGAGAUUAACAUUAUGAAAGAGGCAUCUGCAUUUCGGAUACUUUUCUGUCUUUUUUUUUGCAUCAAAACAACUCACUUUUUGGGAUUUGAGCCAUUCGGUCUGACAAUAUUUAGAAAAUCUUUUUAUUCCCAUUCAAGUUAGCAGAGGGCUAAACCGGAAGUUAGCCACGCGGCCGGCAAAGUUUCUUGUGCGAUUGCGCUAUGGGUCCAAUGAUGCGUAACAUCUGGCUAAUUGUAUACACUGGAAGUUGAACUUUUUUGGCUUCACGCACCACUGAGCAACUUGGACAGGAAUGAACGGGACCCCGCCUCCAACGCUGUAUCCAGUUUACUUUGUACAUGGGCGUGCUGACAGAGCUAAUGGUGUUAACUCAGUGGUAACUGCCAUAUAAGCGUCAUGUAGAGCGCUGGAGAUUAGCAAGCCAGUUGGAUACACUCACAGGGACUACCACGCACUACAUGCAGACUGUUUGCCACAACAAAGAACCGAGAAGCUCAGAUUACAACACAAAGAGGAAGCGUGACUAUAUUCUCUGCUCAUGACACCAUUACACCACCAUCUUUACACAGCUAAUAGCUGUUAGCUGCUAUAUAAGGCUCUGAAUGUCAUAUACAGCACCUUAACUUUUUAUAAACAUGUAUUCAAUGAGCUGCAUUUUCUGUCAACCCUCUCUAAAUCUGCAGCACUGCAAA